CGACAACCAUCAGCUGCAAAAAAAAUAUUAUCAUGGGCUCCGUGUGGAAACCGGGGAAAGACAAUCACGAACAUUUCUCGUGACGUUUUUGUAGUUCACGAAUGACGACGUGUUUGCUGUACUGUCUUCCUCGCUGUGAUUGGUUAACCGGAAAAAUGAAAAUGACAUUAAUCAAGAUGGCGCCGGGAGACAUGGAAAAGUGAUGAGAGAAUAGAACAACAAGCAACUUAGCAACAGAGCGCUGUGUAUCUGUUUAGUCUCUGCGUCUCUUUUCCGUCGGGCUUUUGCUUGAUGACCGGGCAACUGACAGGCAGGCGCAGAGAUACGGCCGGACUCCAGUUAUUCUGCUAAUUGUUUGCUAACCAGCGGCUGGAGUGGCUAACGUUAGCUAUCUCUGAGUGCGGAAGGCGAGUGAGGUGAAGCAGGGCAGGCUGCUGAAAGUGGAGACCGACAAGUCGAGCGGAUUCUUAAAGAAUCGAGAGACGUCUCCCUAUUAAUGCUUUAACCAGCCUCCCAGAAUCAAGCUGCACUCAAAGUGGGGUCUGUCAAAGAAGUAUCUGCUCAACUGAGGAGAAAAGCUAAUCAGAAGAGAAAAGGCGUCAUCGUUGCUCAUUGGACGCCAUGGCUCACUUACCUAUUCGGAGUGGACUCCCAGGGAUUCAGAAUUUCAGAGCUGAUCCUGAGGAACUUUUCACCAAACUGGACAGGAUAGGGAAAGGAUCAUUUGGAGAAGUCUUUAAAGGCAUCGACAAUCGGACUCAAAAAGUUGUGGCCAUCAAAAUCAUUGAUCUAGAGGAGGCAGAGGACGAUAUAGAAGACAUUCAACAGGAAAUCACAGUUCUAAGCCAGUGUGACAGUCCCUUUAUCACGAAGUACUUUGGAUCCUAUCUCAAGGGCACAAAAUUAUGGAUUAUUAUGGAAUAUUUGGGUGGAGGAUCAGCACUUGAUUUGCUGGAACCAGGUGCUCUGGAUGAAACACAGAUUGCCACAAUCCUGAGGGAAAUCCUGAAAGGUCUGGAGUAUCUGCACUCAGAAAAGAAAAUACACAGAGAUAUCAAAGCUGCCAACGUGUUGCUGUCAGAACAAGGCGACGUGAAGCUGGCAGACUUUGGUGUGGCGGGCCAGUUAACGGACACACAGAUAAAAAGGAACACAUUUGUCGGAACACCCUUCUGGAUGGCACCUGAGGUCAUAAAGCAGUCCGCCUACGACUCAAAGGCAGACAUCUGGUCACUGGGAAUAACGGCGAUAGAACUGGCUAAAGGAGAGCCGCCCCACUCUGAACUUCAUCCUAUGAAAGUAUUAUUCCUCAUCCCAAAGAACAAUCCACCAACACUGGAAGGAAACUACAGUAAACCACUUAAAGAGUUUAUUGAAGCCUGUUUAAAUAAAGAACCAAGCUUUAGGCCAACGGCCAAAGAGUUGUUAAAACAUAAGUACAUUGUGAGGCAUGCCAAACGGACGACCUAUCUGACAGAGCUGAUUGACAGAUACAAAAGGUGGAAAUCGGAGCAGUCACGGGACGAAUCGAGCUCUGAUGACUCUGAUGAUGAGCCGGACGGUCAGGCAUCUGGAGGGAACAGCGCAGCAAAUGAUGACUGGAUUUUUAACACCAUCCGAGAGAAGGACCUGAAAAAGAUUCAAAAUGGAGCGGCGCAGCCUGCUGAGCUGGAAAGGAAACAGGAGAGUCCAAAGAGGCCUUUGUCACAAAGCUUAUCUACGAUAUUCUCUCCUUUGUUUUCUGAGUUGAAAGAAAAGAGUGAGACGAGUAAUGGCAAGCCAGAGGCAGCAGAGGAGCUGAAGGAGGCCAUUCUCCUGGCAGAGGACACACACCCAGGGAUCUGUGACUCCUUAGUGGCUGAGCUGGUUCAGAGACUUCAGAGGUUUUCUGUGCCCCGGGCGGCCACCACUCAGUGAGGAGAGCCGCGUCCAGCCCUGUCCCACUUUCCCACCCUGGUUGCAGCAGUCAGAUCUUUUCCUCUGACCUCUACAGCUGAAGAUGAAGUCUCCCACCAAGGUCUCCAUCGCUCUUUUGCCUGAAGCAAAUCCUGGCCUACUUUGUGUUCAUAUUCUAGCACAGAAGCAGAGGAUCCGAUUCCAGACAGUCAGUGGCUGUUCACUCAUGAUGUCCCUUCUUAGUACCUCCUUUUCAGUUGUUUUUUUAACGGUGGGGUGUUUUUCUGAAAGGACUUAAGUUUUUUUUGUUGUGAAUUUCUGUCUUUUUCACAAAGGUUUACACUUUUCAUCCUUUCAGAAAGACACCGCGCUCAACUAGCUGCGUGCGUGUGUGUGAGGUUUUCUGCUAAACGUGCAGUGAUGGGUGAUGAAUGAGUCGAGGAAUUCUAUUGAAAACUCAGGUAUCACGCUUUAAGUGGAUUGGGUCCUCUGGGAGAUGGAAGGAGCUCUUACAGGGUGGUUGUACAGACUUGUAAAUAGGCUUAUUUCUACGGAUCCAUGGAAACAUAACGGUCCGUUUGGAGCCACUGUGUACAAAUGGCCAAAUGCAAACUGUAGAUAAUGGUUUUGAGGUAUAUAUUUUGAAAGACUAAAGUGGCCACAAAUGAGAUUGCCUUGCCUUUGUACUUGUUCUUUUGUAUAUCAGUCUUUGAUUUUUUUUUUCCUUCUUUUCUGUUGUAAACUUUUUAAGUACUCAUCCGCUGAAUGAAAAUGGCUGCCCUCUGUCAUGUUUUACUAUUGAUUUAUUCUAUAUUACUGAAUUCUCUUUCCAUUUGUUUGAUUCACACUCUGCUGUGGCUGGAAUUUUGCUGGCGAAUGUACGAGAAAAGGCUGGUUUGUUGAAGUCUCCCCAGAUUAAAAGCUGGAUGCUGUUUCUAGCCUCAUUCCAUAAGGGUGUUGACGGACAGGUCUGUGAAAGUCUGCCUUUGCCAUCCCUUUUUCUUCUUCUUUUGAAUUUUGCUUUGUGCUGGAUUGAUCCGAUAAACUAAGGUCUCCUCCAUUCAUUCCAUAAACAGGGCAGUGCCAUCAUCUAGUUUAGACAUCAGCAGACUCUGUUAGUCUUCCUAGAAGCUGCAGUGGUACCAUCUCCUCAAUGUACCCACAGCUUUAUUUGCACUUGGACUAUAAAUGCCUUUUGACUUCAAUCAAAGUAGCCAUAAAACAGUAGCAUGAGACGUGCAGUGUUUUGCAGGUAUGCACCGUACUACAGGAUGUGUGGCACACACAACGGCAGUGUGACUUUUGCCUGGCUGCAGCUUUCCGUUUGGACCUGAACAGAAAAGGCAAACAGGCGUGGACCUCUCUGACCACAGAGGACUCUGGUGUACGUAGAAAGCCAAGCCAAGAGGUGCUCAGAGGCCAGCCGCACUGUUACUACUUCUACCUGUAGUUUAAAAAGGAAUGUGCAUGAUAGUAUUAACAGUGGAAAACCUUGGCCUGAGAAGUAUGUGUUGUAGCAUACUUGUACAGGAUGGACAGAAUGUGGAACGGAACAGAGUUGAAUCAGCCUUAUAGUGUUUGUUUUCAGUGGAGUGACUGGUAAGCGCUUUACAAAUGUAAGACUCAGUCUUUUGAUGUCAUUCCUCCCCCUCCUCCCGUUGUUGCAUAUUAUUGUUUUCCUUUUGUGCAUUUUUAUUUGUUUGUUUUCCCCUCAAAUAUUACACAUUUGAAAAAAAUCUAACAUUUCUGUUUGGGACCCUCUGAUAGUUUUCAUCGUUGCUGAUGAAAAGAGGAAAUAUGUCAUAAAUCUUAAGGCUCAGUUCUUCUUUGUUUUUCUAUUUUUUUUUUUUGCCAGGAGGCUCUGUGUGGAGCACAGCUUAAAGGAACAGUUUGAUGGUUUGGAAAACGUGCAGGUUUACUUUCUAGGUGGGAGAGAGGAGCUGAGUGUCCGUUUUAUCAGGUACGCCUGGAAAGUCUGACCGGAGUGCAGACCGGUAGGAAGAGGAAGAGUAAAUGAAGGGGCAGAAGCUCUUAUAGUAUAAUGUAUUCCAGGAUAACUCCUGCAAAACAAUCUUUAAAUCAUGAUGAUGAUCAUAAUAAUAAUAGUUAACUGGGGAGGUUUGUCAUUUGUCUCUCCUUUAAAGCAGCCAGUGUUGAGCUCUGUGCUGCAAACAGCUCAGUCCAAUCAGCACCACAUGGAAAUCUCUUUAUUCAGACAGAAUUUGUUGGGGAUAGUGUGUUCUUGGUGCGUAUAUUGCAACCCUCUCCCCCGGUUACCUGAAAAUAUCUGGGAAAAAAUGGCUCCCUGCUGUUUAACUGGCUUUGAAUGGAGCCAGCUUCGCCCUGCACCUUGUUCCCUCUGUGCUGCGGUCAUCUUAGAGGCUGCAUUUAACCUCAAUCCGGUCACCAGUGCUGCAAUGAGAAGAAUUCUCCCAACUCACCAUCUUUAUUUUUCUUUUUUUUCCUCCAACUCUGUCGAUUUCUUUACUUGAAAACAACAUUUCAUCUGGUUUCUCUUGUUUCUAACUCUUCUCUGCUUGCCAGUGUAGUAGAAACAGUUUAUUUUAUUAUUUAAAACUGGUUCACCAUAUCAUGAAUACAUUUUUCUGCUCUGUGGAAAAAACCUCUCCUCUCCAUUUCAACUUCCCACUUGGAAAGUGCCAUGAAAGUGCUCCACCCUAAACUGAGACAGAUGCGAUAGUUUGCACCUUCUUAUGGUCUUAUAUUUCUUUGUGUGUUUCGUACUUUGUAGGUUUUGAUUGGGUUUUAAAAGAAAGUGGUACUCAAGGCGACAAUAAUUAGUUGCUUUUACACUGUUUGUUUUCUCCAUUUAAUUUGCUUCACGCCCCAUUUUGAGUGACGAAUGGCAAUAAAGCAGCGUGAUGGCUGGGAGCCUUUUUUUUUCUCCCUCUCCCUUUUUGGUUUAGGUUGGCAUAUACUUAGUUCAACUAUUUUUGUAACCCCAAAGAGCAGUAUUAUGUAAUAGAGGGAGUGAAGUUUGGUUCUGUGAUGUUUUCAAGUUUCAGUUAACACUGGAUGCAAUCAUUUUAAAAUGUACAGUUCAUUUUGUGUGACUCUGCUGGCGGUUUGCAGUCCAGUGUACGUUUGCUCAUUCAGAACCGUGCCGUUGGAUUUAUUCAAAGCUGUCAAAAGAUUGAUCAAAAAUAAUAAUAAAAAA